AUGUUGACAUCGAACAUUCCCAAAAUGACUCCAUUUCUCAUGUAUUUUUUAAUGGGUAUACCAUUAGCAUUGGGAACUAGUACUAUUUUGUUUAUCGAUCUGUUAACUAUAAUAUCGGCCAUCUCAUUAGUUUAUGAAGGAGCAGAAACAGAUAUUAUGAAGAGACCACCAAGAAAUCCACAACAUGAUCGACUUGUAAACAAACGUCUUAUAUUGAUGACCCACGGACCAAUUGGAUUCAUUCAAGCUACUGCUGGAUUAUUUACCUAUUUUUUGAUCAUGGCCGAGAACGGCUUUUUACCAUCGCGUCUUUUUGGUUUGAGAAAGUCAUGGGAAUCAAAAUAUGUCAAUGAUGUUCAAGAUUCCUAUAAUCGAGAAUGGACCUAUGAACAACGCAAACAACUUGAAUUUACAUGUGAAAGUGCUUUCUUUAUCGCUAUCGUCAUUUGUCAAUGGGCUGUAUUGAUCAUAUGCAAAACUCGACGAAAUUCUAUUCUAGAACAAGGCAUGAAGAAUCGCAUAUUAAAUGGUGUGCUUAUAUUUGAAAUUAUCCUAGUUGCAAUUGUCUCCUAUAUGCCUUGCUUAGGUACAGCUCUCAAUAUUUAUCCAAUGAAAUUUCACUGGUGGCUUCCGGCAUUGUUCUCUGCUUUUUUGAUUAUGAUCUAUGAUGAAGUGCGUAAACAUCUCAUUCGGAAACAUCCUGGUGGAUGGAUGGAAAGACAAACUUACUUUUAG